UCGAACGUUUUUACCUGCAAUUUGACUACCGUAGCACAAACAACAGACAAAAAAUAUGGCAUAAACGUUCUUAUAUAGAUACAAAGAAUGUUCAAGAUGCAUAGAAAAAACAUCGGUGGUGAAAUGUACGAGUCCUAAGCCUCAGAUCAUGUCAUUCAUGUCUUGUUUGUAAUCCUUUUAAAGUUAUGGAAUUAUGGUUUCACUAAAGAAAGGACAAGCUGUUAAGUUAUCUUCUUUUACACAAGUCGUUCUAUUAUGUCUGUUUACAGUGGAGGAAAUUGGGUCCACAUUAACGAAAGAUGAGAAUCGAUACAAAUGCAUUGCUAUUCGCUUUAUGAACCAUGUUGGCGGGAACUUCCGAGUCGUAUCGACCAUGAAACCAGAGGGUUAUCUGGUGACAACAGAUGAGUAUAAACUCAAAACUAUGUUCAGACACUCCCAAUUGCGACAUUUCGUCAUAUUUCAUGGUGCUGAUGAGGGAAAUAAGAAAGAGAUAUUGUUGGACGGGGAGAAAACUAUCUCAGUGUCUCCUCAGGAUGACUGUGAACAUUUUGCUGAUGUUAUUGUUACUGCUAGAGAUGCCCCGGUUCACAAAGAGGGAACAAGGUUUUCUGAUACAAAUCUACCAUCAGAUAAUCCAAGUAGUAAAGGCUCCCCGGCAAAGACAAAAAUAACUAACCCAACAAAAUCAGAGAAUACGAAGAUAACUCGUCACUUGAUACAAGACUCUGACAAGAAAGGAUGUCACGUGACACACGACGGCAACGCUGGUGGCGCAUGCUGCCACUUUCCUUUUAUUUAUCGGGACUCGGUUUACGAUCGUUGCACGAAGUCUCCCCGAGAUAACCGGAUAUGGUGUGCGACGACAGUUGAUUACGACAGAGAUGGCCGGUGGGGGUAUUGUCAGGACUGUAUGAACACGGAAGGAGGCAAUGGCAAUGGCGGCUGUUGUCAACUGCCGUUUAUUUUCAAGAAACAAUUACGUCAUCACUGCGUUGUUGAAGAUAAUGCACGACCGUGGUGUUCGUUGACGACCGACUACGACAGUGAUGGGGUGUGGGGGUAUUGUGCAGGUAAAAACAUAAACAUUCUUCCACAUCCACCAACACCCUCUAUCAAACCUAUAGCUCCGCCAGCAAAGAACCUCGACAGAAAACUUAUCGUGAAAUCCUACACUCCAUCAGACCCACCAGCGAACAUAUGCCCUGGAAGCUGUUACAUGCACUGUACAACAGCGUGUCCACAGACGUGCUGUUCGGGGGGAGACACUAGAACCCAGACGUCCACCUCAUGCCCAGGGUUCUGCACACAGAGCUGUAUGCCCGAAUGCCCAGUAAAAUGCUGUCCAGAUGUAGUUGGCCUACUACAAACUGGUUACCCCGAUUAUUAUUGGUAUUCUCACCCAGCACCUCCUCCACCCCCUCCUCCUCCUCCUCCACCCCCACCACCUCCUCCUCCACCACCUCCUCCACCCCCACCUCCUCCUCCACCCCCACCCCCACCUCCUCCUCCACCACCUCCUCCACCACCCCCUCCUCCACCAACAUACGUCACCCCUGUUCCACGCAGUGUCCAUGGUAUUGUUGCAGGCCUCGAACUUCAUACUCUACGGGAAAUAGCCGUCGUGAUUUUAUCCCCACAAGGGCGUAUACCCAAGGACGAAAGUCCUACAAGUGCCCAGAGGCAUGUAAAACUAAAUGUAAAACGUUUUGCCCCUGGCAAUGUUGCUUAG